UUGAACAGUUCAUGACAUGCCUGUAGGAAUAGGUUUAUUUUAAAAGAAAAAUAAGUCCAAUACAAUGGAGGUUAAUGGGACUUCUGGUGACUAUAUGUGGCAGCAACAUUGUGGUGGGCAUGGUAAGGGAUGCUUGGAGCAGCUACAUGAUGGUGGGCAUGGUAAGAAAUGCUUGGAGCAACUACAUGAUGGUUGGCAUGGUGGGCAUGGUAAGGAAUGCUUGGAGCAGCUACAUGAUGGUUGGCAUGGUGAGCAUGGUAAGGGAUGCUUGGAGCAGCUACAUGAUGGUUGGCAUGGUGGGCAUGGUGAGGGAUGCUUGGAGCAGCUACAUGAUGGUGGGCAUGGUGAGGGAUGCUUGGAGCAACUACAUGAUGGUGGGCAUGGUGAGGGAUGCUUGGAGCAUCUACAUGAUGGUGGCCGUGGUGAUGGUGGCUGUGGUGAGGGCUUGAUGCAGCUACUUGGUGGUGACUGCCAUGAUGAGUUGGUGCAACAACAGGGUUGUCAUGAAAUUCGGCAGAUUCGAUGACAUUGAUCUUGGACUGUGCAGGCGCAUGGUGGUGAUGGUGGUGGUGGCGGCGAUGAUGAUGAUGAUGCGAGCCUGGAGCGACUGCUUUAUGGUGGCUGUCGUGGUGAGUUGGUGCAGGAGCUAGGCUUUCAUGAGAUUCAGUAGCUUCAAAGACAUUGAAACUACAAUAGAAAA